CAGGCCGCGCAGGCGCGGUGAGUCGGUGCCGGUCAAUCCCGAAUGCCGUGGGGCCGCUAACUGGGUCCAGCGGUGUUAGAAGGGGUCACCGAGUGGGUCUGUGUUGUGGUGGGGUAGGGCGGCCAGCACCAUGUCGAGGCAGGCGAACCGUGGCACCGAGAGCAAGAAAAUGAGCUCUGAGCUCUUCACCCUGACCUAUGGGGCUCUAGUCACCCAGCUGUGCAAGGACUAUGAAAAUGAUGAAGAUGUGAAUAAACAGCUGGACAAAAUGGGCUAUAACAUUGGAGUCCGACUGAUUGAAGAUUUCUUGGCACGGUCAAAUGUCGGGAGGUGCCAUGACUUCCGGGAAACUGCAGAUGUCAUUGCCAAGGUGGCGUUCAAGAUGUACUUGGGCAUCACUCCAAGCAUCACCAAUUGGAGCCCAGCUGGUGACGAAUUCUCCCUCAUUUUGGAAAAUAAUCCUUUGGUGGACUUUGUGGAACUUCCUGAUAACCACUCGUCCCUUAUUUAUUCCAAUCUCUUGUGUGGGGUGUUGCGAGGAGCCUUGGAGAUGGUCCAGAUGGCUGUGGAGGCCAAAUUUGUCCAGGACACCCUGAAAGGAGACGGUGUGACAGAAAUCCGGAUGAGGUUCAUCAGGCGGAUUGAGGACAACCUCCCAGCUGGAGAGGAAUGACCGUCCCCAGGACUUCAGCGUAGCUGGCAGGAGCCUUGUUGGAGUCAGGAAGCCUCAGUGCUCCCUCUGCCCUCUAGAAUUAACUCAGUGACUGUUUAACACGGAUGUUAUAUAUUCUUCUAACUUUGUUUCCCUUCUCCAUGUUAAUAAAGAACAGACUGUGAUGUA